GCCCCGCCCCCGCGCCCCGGAUGUGCCUGGGCGGCGCGCGCGAUCCUGUAGCACUUGGCAUCGCUCCGCUCUCAGCUCCUCGUGGUCGGCGGCCUGGGCAACGCGCUUUUAAUACGUGGCAUCACUAGAAACGGGCUUCGCUGAAGGCUGUCUUCUGGGCAUUUUCACGCUGAGGAAGAGGAGAGCAGACAGGAGGAGAGUGUGUCCCUUCCUGCCCGAAUUCGCACACCACUGCCGGUCUGGACCCUCGUCAAGUAAAUGUGCUUGGGAGGAUGGACAAGGCCUGUGAAAUGAGAUACAGGAUGAUGGACAGCCCUUUGGGGAAGAUCGAGAUCUCCGGUUGUGAGCAGGGACUGCAUGAGAUCAGGCUGCGCGGCGGGAAGACCCCGGACGCUGGACCCACGGAGGCCCCCACUCUUCCUGAGCUGCUCGGCCGUCCAGAGGAAAUGACGGAGCCCCUGGUGCAGUGCGUGUCCUGGCUGGAUGCCUAUUUCCAUGAGCCUGAGGUCCUCCCAGGCCUCCCCUUGCCUGCGAUUCACCAUCCCGUUUUCCAGCGAGAUUCAUUCACCGCACAGGUGUUGUGGAAGCUGCUGGAGGCUGUGAAAUUUGGAGACACGGUUUCUUACCAGCAACUCGCAGCCCUGGCAGGCAACCCCAGAGCAGCGCGGGCAGUGGGUGGAGCGAUGAGGAGCAAUCCCGUAAGUUGCCGUCAGCAUGAUGUCAGCUUGGCCACAGUGGUGGGUGGGCCUUGGCCCUGCGUUCAGGGGCCGCGUGAGGUGCCCAUCCUCAUCCCGUGCCACCGAGUGGUCUGCAGCAGCGGAGCCGUGGGCAACUACUCUGGAGGACUGGCCACGAAGGAGUGGCUGCUGGCCCAUGAAGGCCGCCUGCCGGGAAAGCCAACCUCUCCCGGGGAGGGGCCCAUCCGGCUGCAACUGGGCGCAGGGCGCGGGGCGGCCCCCAGCCGGCUGGCCGGGAUUGCGUACGUGCAGGAGUCGGCGUGUGAGUGAGGCUGGAAGUGGCGAUGUGGUGGCACCGCUGUAUUAAAAGAGCUGGACGUGUCCUGAGGGAUGUGGUGCGUGUGUUCUCUCUCGUUUUUACAUUUCACAGCAGAGCGAGUUCGGGAGACCGGCCCUUGUUCGUACAGUUAGUAUCCUCACCCUGCUCAUCUGUCUCCAACGUCUGUCGGGCCAGGGCAGCGACUGUCCCGAAAGGCAGGCGCACCACGCCCCGGCCCCCGCACAGGCCUGUCACAGUCCGCGGCCGCGUGUGUCCCUGAGAAGCUGGCGCCCCGGCCCGCACCCCGGCUCCCCGUCCUCUCAGCCCUUGAGGCUGCCGGCCAGUGUUUUCCACUCACACCUUCCCUGAAGGCGAGGGGCCACCUGGAAAUGGUGCUCACAGAGGUUUUCCAGCUUUGCUUUUCUUACCGCCAGAAAAGCUAGUGCAGGAAGCGUCCGUUUUGCGUUGCGUCUGCCGAAUAGAAAAGAACCACCCGCCAGAGCGAGUUGGGAAAACAAAUAGCUCUUUGAGGUGGGUUUGGUCGCAGUGGCUCCUUUAUGGGGGUCUUGCCUCAGGCCCCGGCUCUCUCCCGACACCGUUGACCUUCGUGUGCCCGGAACAGAAGGUGACGAGGCUUGCCGACCUCUCCUCCCCGGCACCCCAAGACCGAGCCUGGAAGUCAGAGGUCACACAAGAAGGUGGGUCAGCUCCUUUCCCCGGGGGCAGUCCAGAGUAUUUCCAGCAUCCACCACAGACGUCGGUCUGACACUUCAUUAUCCUGUUGUCAUGUUAGCUUUAUAAUUAACUCUAUCUGAAAAGCUACAAGGGGAACUCGUAGCUAUGCAUGCGGAUAAAUAAAAUAGAGCCUACGAUCUGUGGAGAAAAUAAACCGCACCCCGCUGUGCAGUAGAAAGCUGUUUUUGCCAGGGGUUCCUGUGACAAUGGAAACCACAGCCGCGGAACUUAGGUGGUUUGUACAUGUCGCUGAACGCCGGGGCAGACAUACAGCCUGUGAUGGGCACAGUUUGGGUGUGUUUUGUAUUUCAUGUUAACACCUAUAAAAGAACAAGUAUCUAAUGUAAACUGACUUCUAGCUUUUCUCACCAGUUUGCAGUUUAAUAUGUCCUUUUAUCACAACAAAAUUGUGCAUUUCCCCCCUCAAAAAUAAAGUGCU